AUAUAUUUAUAAAGAAAAUAAACAAAAAAAAAUGAUUUAAUUAUAAGCCCAAAAAGUUUUAAGAUCUUUAUUUUAACAAUAAAAGCAAAAUUUCUCUAUAAAAAGAACUUUCUAUGAUUUUAUAUAUAGAGAUGAUAAAUCUACUCCUUAAUAUUAGGCUACACAUGCAGACCCUAGAAUUCCUUUAAAAACUCAUACUUCUGAAACAAUUGAUGAACUUCCACUUUAAUAUUAAUAAACUAAAUUAUAAAAUGGAAUUACAGUUGUUACUGAAUAAUAAACAUUCCCAUCACAGGUUGAUGUCGGUAUUCUAUUAGAUGUAGGAACAAGAGAUGAAAACACUGAAACUUCUGGAGCUUUAUUAUCAAUAAAAAACACUUACUUAAAAACCUGUUUAAACACAAAUGAAACAGUUAACUAUGGUAUUGUUUAAUAAUCAGGUGGAAGUUUCGAAAUGGAAUAUGACUAAGAAACUUCUUAUUUUAAAGCUAAUUGUCUUGCUCAUGAUUUCGUUGAUGUGUUUUCAAUGGUAGCAGAUUGUGCUUUAGAGCCCAGAAGUGCAGUAGCAUCAAGCGUAGCAAUAGAGAAGAAUCAAAAUACUCACAAACUAGAUGCUUAUUUAAAGACUGGUGAAUUAUUUAAUGAAUAUGUUUUCAAAACAGCUUAUGGAUUUUAAGGUUUAGGUUUACCUUUAAAAGGAUUAAAAGGAAAUGUUAAAAAUUUGAAUUCUUUUGUAUUAUAAAAGUUUUAAUUGUAAAAUAUUGCACCUCAUAAAAUUUAUGUUUGUGCUUCAGGUGUUGAACAUCAUGAAGAAUUUGUAGAGCUUGUAUAAUCUAAAUUAGGCAAUAUUGCAGUUGGAAAUUAAGAAAGCUAACAUGUAAGAGAAAAAAGUGAAUACCAAGGAGGUGAAGUGAGAAAUUUAACUGAAGAAAGUUAAACUGUUUUAGCUCUUUUAUUCUAAUCUGCAAAUUGGAAAUCUAAUAAUUUAUUCGCUUUCAAUUUAGCUAAAGUACUUCUUUAAAAUUUAAGAUUAAGAAAAAAUGUUUUAAAUAAACACUCAUUUGUUGAUAAUGCUGAAAGUCUUAAUUUCCAUUUUACUGAUAGUGGACUCUUUGGUUUAAAAUUAUAAGGAUCUUCCGAUAAAAGUAGAUAAUUAUUAGACCUUAGUAUUGCAGAAUUGAAAGGAUUGGCAAAUAACAUUUCUUAAGAUGAAUUAAAUAUUGCUAAAAAUCAUCUUAAAAAUCAAAUUUUAAAUGCUAUGGAAAGAUAAACUGAUAGAUUAGAGGAAAGCGCUAGAAAUUUUAGAACAUUUGGAAAAGUUUUACAUACUUAAUACAGUGAAUUAAUUGAUUAAGUAACUACUGAUUAAGUGUAAAAAUGCUGUUCUUUAGGCUUUAAAUGAAAAUCCUACUUUUGUAGUUUAAGGAGCUUUGGCUAACUCUUUACCUUCUUAUGAUCAAAAUUAAAAAUUCUUUAAGAGUUUGAUGGUUAUUUUUUUUUUUUAGUAUUUUAUGUUAUUUUUUUUUUUAUUUGGAUUUAUUAUU